GCAACAUAUGUCUUGAAAGACAUCUUGAAGGAAAGAACAUUUAUGAGGUGAACAGGGCUGGGCAUAGUGUAUUUCAGGAGCUCGAUGUUCCAUUGGUCUGACAUGGAAACUACUUCCAUAAAGAGGACCCAGUGUUUCUGCUGAUGCAUCAUCCGACACCAUAUAUACCGUUUUCAUGUUUCACCGCAUGUCGCUUGCCAGGGUGCUAGUCUUCCAUUCUUCCUCCUGGUGUGUUCUGGCCUCCUCCUCCUCCUCCUCUUCCUCUCAUAGGGUGUGAAACACAACAACAGCCAAGAUGUCAGAUAAAAAGAUGACAUCGAGCCGCAGGCAUCAUCUGAAGAGCUUGGUGCUCCAGAUUGCGUUUGAGCUGAUUGAAGUGGAGAAAAAGGAGGCUGUGCAGGAGAAAGCCAGUUUCAUGGCUGAGCUCCCCGCCCUGGAUUUGUCUGGAGAUCAAGCGGCGCUGGUGGAAAUGCUCAAAAAGUUAGCYCAUACCAUCGACAAGGUUGAUGAGGACAGAUAUGACGCAGAGUCCAAGGUGACGAAGGCAGACAAGGAGAUUGAGGACUUGAGAAUGAAAGUGGUUGAGAUCCAGGGCAUGAAGAAGCCAGCUCUGAAGAAAGUGCGUAUGUCUGCUGAUGCUAUGCUUCAGGCUCUGCUGGGCACCAAGCACAAGGCUUCCAUGGAUUUCAGAGCCAACUUGAAAGAAGUGAAGAAGGAAGUCAAAGAGGAGGCAGUGGAUGCAGUUGGUGACUGGCGCAAGAACGUUGAUGAACAGGCUGGCAUGGACGGCAGGAAGAAGAAGUUUCAGGGUUAAACACAUUCAUUUUUCAGUCAUAGCCGACUUUUGUGUUUUGUCGUAUUGUGGUACAGAGACGGAUUUCUAUGACCUUGUUGUUAGGCAUCCCUGCAGGAAGAGGAUCUUUGAUUUUAAAAUGCUGUUAUUUUUUGAUACUGUAGGUUCAAAUAUGUAUUCGACACUAUGGUUUUGGAUAUCUCUCUCUCUUUUUUUCUCUCGCUGUCUCUCUUUCUUUCUCUUUAACUUUUCAGUGCAAUUUGCAAAUGUUUUUGGCUAUUGUAUAGUGAGGUGGAAAGGGUAAAUAUUUGUAGCUUUACCCACUCUUAACAUCACACAGCUUUCCAUCUGCAUCUGUAACAUUCACUAAAAGGAGUAUAUUCACUAACAAAAAAAUAAAAAUAAAAACAAUUUAAAAAGCUUG